AUGCUUUCCCUCCUCCUGUCUGCCGAACUCAGCGGCGUCACCGACCUCCGUCCCAAGGACACCGAGGAAGAGCCCUACUACUUCACUUUCAAAGUGCAAUGCACCUCUUGUCGUGAAACCCACCCCAACUGGGUCAGCUUCAACCGCUUCGAACAACAUGAAAUCCCCGGUAGUAGGGGCGAGGCGAACUUUGUCUGGAAAUGCAAGCUGUGCCAGAAAACCCACUCUGCCUCUAUCACUGCCGGCCCCAACGUCUACGAGGCGGAUGAGAAGCGCACUGCGAAGAAGGUGAUUGAGAUUGACUGCAGAGGAUUGGAAUUUACCGAGUUUAAGGCUGAUGGUGAGUGGGAAGCGAAGGGAGCUGAGUCUUCUACUCCUUUCACCGGCAUUGAUUUGUCAGAGGAAGAGUGGUAUGAUUACGAUGAGAAGGCGGGAGAGGAGGUUUCGAUCAAGGAGAUCAACUUUCAGGUCGGAAGGGCAUAA